ACUUAUUAUUUUUUAUUAUUGAAUUGCUUUAUUCGUCAUACCUCAAGCAGUCGGACACUCGGACAGUCGGACGUCUUUCAAACUUUAGUAUAAGCAGUACAAUACUACAGUUACGAACUUUGUUUGUAAUUUUUCUCGUUGUACACUUUCGAUAUGUUACCUGGAAAACUAGCUUUUGUGACCGGAGCUGGAGGAGGUAUCGGUCGAGCGAUUUGUCGUGUGAUGGCUAGAGAAGGUGCUACGGUAGUAGCAGCUGACUUAAACAUAAGCAAUGUAAUGACCACUGUUAAAGAGCUUACAGGCGAAGGUCACAAAAGUUAUCAAUUGGAUGUAUCUGAUGCUGAGUCCGUCACAAGUGUAUUAAAACAAGUGUUUACGGAUUAUUCUGCUCCACCGACUGUAGUAGUCAAUGCUGCGGGUAUCACAAGAGACAAUUUCAUGUUAAAAAUGUCUGUGCAAGAUUUUGAGAGCGUGUUUAAUGUUAACGUAAAGGGAACUUUUCUCAUCACUCAAACUAUUUGCAAAGAACUGGUGGAGAAGAACUUGCCUGGUUCUAUAGUAAAUAUUGGAAGUAUAGUUGCACAACGUGGUAACAUUGGACAGUGCAAUUAUUCGGCUAGCAAGGCUGCCGUUGAAGUCUUCAGUAAAACAGUAGCAUUAGAAAUGGCAAAGUACAACAUCAGAUGUAACACUGUGUUGCCGGGGUUUACAACCACUCCUAUGACUGACAUGGUACCUGAGAACAUUAGAGAACAUUUUAAGUCAGUCAUUCCCUUGAAGAGGUUUGCCAAUUCUGAAGAAAUAGCGGAAGUAGUAACGUUUUUGGCGUCUGAAAAGAGUUCAUAUGUUACUGGUACGUCAAUUGCAGUUAGUGGUGGUUAUUAAUUAUAUAUAAUAUUAUUAUCUAGCUUAUGUACUUGACAACAUUUUGGUGAAAACAUUUUUAAAUACAAAAUACAUGUUAUUAAUUGUUUUAUGAA